CUACAGCUUAGGUGGCAGGCUCGCUCGAGCUCGGCUCAUUCACAGCCCUCCCAGCUCCCGCUCCCGCUCGGGCAGUGAGGCUUUCGCAUCUCCUCCCUGUGUUUCUCCCUUCUCCGGACUCUCCCUUGCUCUUCCUUCCCUGGCGGCGACGACUGGGCGAGCAGCGGCGUCAUUUGUCACGUCUUCGCCAAGCCCUUUGCCAGCGACGAGCACCCUCCAGGCUGAGAUAAGUUGAAGCAAAGUUCAAGGCAAAAUGUUUUACGGUGGAUAUGCGUACCAUGGCAAUACGUUUGAGCAAACGUACCGUUGUUAUCCAGCAUCCUUCUUUGAUAAGCCACACCUGGAAGUUGGUGACAAAGGUAAGUGUUGGAGGUAGUUUGUCUUGUCUUUCUUUUGUUCAAGCACAGUUAAUAUGUCAUACACUUGAUAUUGUAUUGCUGAUGUCAAAUGCAGUAAUAAUGCCACCAUCUGCCCUUGAUCGCCUGGCUUCCCUCCACAUCGAGUACCCAAUGCUAUUUGAACUGCACAAUGAUGCAGCUCAACGGAUUUCACACUCUGGUGUUUUGGAGUUUGUGGCAGAAGAAGGCAUGAUCAUCAUGCCCUACUGGAUGAUGCAAAACAUGCUUCUUCAAGAGGGUGACACUGUCCGUGUGAAAAACGCCACCCUUCCCAAGGGUACAUAUGUGAAGUUGCAACCUCACACUACUGAUUUUCUGGACAUCUCAAAUCCAAAAGCUAUCCUGGAGAAAACUCUCAGAAAUUUCUCCUGUUUAACUACGGGAGACAGCAUCAUGGUGGCUUACAAUAACAAACAGUAUUAUAUUGAUAUUGUUGAAACAAAGCCUGCUUCAGCUGUUAGCAUCAUCGAGACAGACUGUGAAGUGGAUUUUGCUCCUCCCCUUGACUACAAAGAACCUGAGAAACCACAGCAGCCUACAGUUCCUGCCAGCAAGGCAACUGCUGAAGGUGGAGAUACUGUAGUCGAAGAUGAACCAAAAUUCAAACCAUUUACUGGUUCCAGAAAGCGGUUGGAUGGUAAAGCCUCAAAACUACAAGCAUCUGAGGUUUCAUCCAGUGCACGUCCUGUUCCCUCAGAUUCAAACAAAAGAUCAAAUCAGCAAACAUCUGCACCCGGAACUUCUGGAGCUAGCAAUUCCACUCGUCAGAAAACAGGAAAGCUUGUUUUUGGUUCAAGUGCAAGCAACAAUAAAGAACCACAAAAGGCUCCUGCUAAAGAGGAGGAACCCCCGAAGAAGGACGAGCCCAAGUUUCAAGCUUUUAGUGGGAAGAGCUACUCCUUGAAACGUUAGCUGCCCAUUUCUAGAGUUUAGCCUUACAAAUCAUGUUCAGUGGUAGCUGUAGACCACUGUGUCUUAAGUGUCCACCAGCAUGUAGAUAUAAUUUGAAUUAUGUAAAUGUUUACCUUCAUGGAAAUAUGCCCAUCUUUCUAUUCGAGUACAAGUAGUCUAACGAUCUGCUACCUGUUAUCCUUCGCACUCUGUAAGUCUGUAUGCAACCGUUCGAGUCUCAGUCUCAGUUGCAGACCAGAUGGCAAUGUGUUGGGCCCUGAGAGUUUCGUUAUGUAGCUAUUUUAUGAACCCUGCUUGCAUGCUGAUUGCUGAAUACUGAACUAAGGAGCA